AUGUCCUCGGACCUAAACGACAUGUCGCCUGUAUCGACUCCGUCAUCGCCCUCACCGGCCCCCCAAACCACUCCUGCCACUUCUGGUAGCUCUGCCUCGGGCAGCACACAAGCUCCCAGCUCGGCACCUCGCCGGCCACCCCGGAAGAGUACCCUGACACAGCAACAAAAGAACCAGAAGAGGCAGAGGGCAACGCAGGAUCAGUUGGUGACCCUGGAAUUGGAGUUCAGCAAGAACCCAACUCCCACGGCUGCCACGCGUGAACGGAUUGCCCAGGAGAUCAACAUGACCGAACGAUCUGUCCAGAUCUGGUUCCAGAACAGCCGUCGUCGGGCAAAGAUAAAGAUGCUUGCGAAGAAGGGCUUGGACAAUGGUGAAGAUUGUGACAUGCCAGAAUCCUUGAGGCAGCUGCUGGCCAUGCAGGCCAUGGAAUCUGGCAGACCAUUCCCACGACAGCUACUCGGCCGACCUGGUGGGCCGAUGGCCCAAUAUGGAAGCGGUGGCAUGUUGAUGAAUGGCGACCUAACGGGUCAAGGCAAAACCGUCAUCCAACACCUCACCUGUCGCUCCCUGAGCAUUGGCACCUGGCGCCGAGUCGGGCAGAACGCCAUGGACCUGGUCAUUUUCUACUCUCCCGACAAGGCCUGCAUCACCUACUAUAUCAACAACGAUUCUGCAGGCUACAAAAUCGAAUACCCCUUCGCCUACAUCAAAAGCAUUCAAUUGGAACCGGGUGACACGGCUCCGAAUGCAAACGGAUCUCCUCCACGUCUGGGCGGGCUGGUCAUUGAGCUGACCCGGCCUCCCAAUUUUCACAUGGACUCUUCCGGCUCAGGAGGCUUCUACCAAUGUGGUGACUUCACCGAAGAUCAACAAGCAUCUCAAGUUUUGACUCACCAUUUGGGAGGCCAUCCGAAAGUACUCAGUGGCCAGCUUGCCAAGUUGGUUUCGCUCGAAUCUUUCCAGAACAGACAUAGUCCAUUCGACAUGGCCGCCAUGCCAGCGUCGGCUCCUGUUUCUCCAACCUUGGGCAUUGUGCGACCGGCAUCUCAGCCGUCGGUGCAAUUCGCCCGCCCCCACCAUCCUCCUCAUGUGGGAAUGUUCCAAGAACAAUAUGGCGUUCAUCCCCAUCUUCAUCCCUCCCGAAUGCACCCUGGGCACAAGCGACAACGCUCGCGCUCCGUUCCAAUCGCCCUGGACUUUUCCAUGCUGCAUGGCCCCAUGCCGACUUUCCAUGUUCAGCAACCCUCGCCUCAACUUAUGCAUGACAACCACAACCCCUUCCAGUCCUUGCCACAGCAAGCCGUCCAGACCCCGAUCGGGCCAACUCUACAGAUCGAUACCUCUGCUGGGUACGGCAUGGACUUUAGACAAAUGCCCAUGUCUGCCACAGCCACCUCGCCGUCGGAAUUCGCCAGUCCGGGCUUUUACCCUUCGAAUCCGGCUCAAGCUCCCAUGUCAAGCUCUGAGUUUGGCACUCCGCAACAAUUCAACGUACCGUUCCUCUCACCAUCUCCCAUGGUCGACCCGCACAUGAUGCCUACCUCAAUGUCUCCGUUGUCUCACAUGAGUCACGCAGAUCCCGUCAUUGCCGACCAUUCGCCACCCUUGUCUGGCAUGCACCGAAGUGCUUCGGCCGACAUGUUCAGCAUGGGCCAUGAGCACAAUGGGAUGAUGGACGAGACGCUGAUGUUGGGCGAGAUGUACUCGAAGCAAAACCUGAACAUGCCCAUGCCUAGUCCCGGAUAUGAUGAAAACGGACUGGCCAUGAUGACCGACAUGUCCGAAUUCCACACACCCCGGGAACACAUGGACAUGCCCAUGACGCCGUUCGGGACCAUUGACCCCAACUCGUUGCAGGGCAGUCUACACUAG